AUGAAAAUCCCGGUUCUCUUCGCCCUGGCAGUCGCCUCCGCCGUCAAGGCCGCCCCCACCGAUGUUCACCAAGUCUCCGCCCUCGCCGAACCCGUCAAGGAUGCCAAUGUCCCCAAGCUCGACGACCCCAACUUCAUCGGCCGCAUCCUGGAUGCUCACUGGUACUGGCGCCGCAUCCACUGCGCCCAGGACCUCACGUGGGAUCCCGAGCUGGCCAAAGCCGCCGCCCAAUCCGUCAACGCUUGCACCAAGAAGAUCCAGCAUGACCGCCCCGGUAGCAACCUGUCCGCUGUAGGUCCUUCUCCCCGGACCUACGAGGAUUGGCUCGAGUUUGCCCGCCAGGUCGUCCACGGCUGGCACGAGGAGGAACUCAAGUACCCGUACCACAACCCGCACUACGAGGCGGCGUGGGGCCACUUCACUCAGAUGGUCUGGCGCGACUCGUCUCGUAUCGGCUGCGCCUUGGCCCAUUGCCCCGACGCCACUUGCGACUUCCCUGGCCGCCUGUAUUGUUUCUACGAGAAUGCGGGCAACUUUGUCAAUGAGGGCGCUUUCCAGCAGAAUGUCUGGGGCAUGGACUGCCGUGAUCCGGAGCACACCCGCGAAGGGUAA